AUACCAUCACCACCAUCACCAAUGUAAGCAACCCUCUUAUCACGUUGAAUCUUCGACUGAAAUCAACUAGUCCAAAUGUCACAGACACAACAACAAGUGCUGCUCUCAACCCUUAACCUGACCCCGCGAAGUGUUAGCAGCCGCGGCUCAAUCCUUUCUUCUGGCCUCAUCCUGAACAUCGAUGAAAAUCAGACACGUUUUGAUAUUUUUGAACUGGCUUUCCACUUGUUUCGUUCGUGGCGAGGAUGACGAUGCCAUUUCCGUUGCAGUAUCCGUCCAUGGCCAGACCGUUACUCUCCACAUCGCCACCGACAAGGGUAUCCCUGAUCAAGCUGAUCUGGAGAACACAAAGCACUUUUUCUCCAUAGUAAGUGACAUAUUCCAUCAUCAAGAUGAACUGGCUGCAAAAAAUGAAUCUUUCACCUUCGAACACGACAUCGAUCGCAUCGAGCAUGCUAUUGUAGAUGCGAUCUGGAUGUGUUUCCUGCGAAAAGCAGGGUUGUUACGAUUCACGGCCGUUGUGAACGAGCGUGAGCUACACUUGCUGCUGACAAGCUGGGCCAAGUGGCGCUCAGAGACGAACCAGGGCAACGAAUCUUCCAAACGCAUCAGCAAUUUGGCUAAGGUGCUAUCAGAUGGGGACAACAACGCCAUGCUGAGAGUUACCUUUGAUUUCAUUUCCGAUCCGGAGCACGCUACUCUGGCUUCGGAAAGCCAUGAUCUCAGGUUCCGGUACUUCUCCCGAAUGACGACUCUGUGUUCUGCCCUUAUUAACUCGGAUUUUCUCUAUGAUGCCAUCAACGGACGUUGGGCUUAUGCCAGAACGUCCAUUCUCAUCCAGCUCCUCUACCGCCGUCUGUGGCGAGUGUAUUCGUACCACCAUGGUGCCGUCCGUUUUGCGAAAGUCGGGCUAGCCCAUUUUCGUUCUGUCUGUGGCAGUCAAAGCACCCUGGAGUACGUAUGGGUGGAAUACAAACUCGGGAUUCUCCAUUGGCAGUCCAUUACAUACACUGACGAAGAGAUCAACGAGUGGCUAGAGACGUUUUCUAUACCUAGACCAGUAUUCAAGAUUGAUCCAUCUUGGGUUAAAGGAGAAGCUGGAACUGUGCGACCACAUUCACAGAUUCAAAUGAUGCAUUAUCUCGACGCAAAGAGAAUAUUCAAGUGUUGGAAGACACUAUCGGGUCCAGUAAACGGCUGUGUGAUACUUGCUAUCGCUACAAAUCCAUCUGUGCAAAGCAGACAGGACAGAAAUGGGUAUUCUCGGGCUCGUCGAAGAAGAAGGUAUAUCAGGACCGGAUGAUACCAUCUAUUGCGAAGUGUCCUACUAUUUUCACACCUGAUUUUGUGGAACAGGCUGUGAACUCCAUCAUCAAUUCUUCGGCAGCAGAGGGUGAGCGUAAUUCUGCUACGAAAUUUCUUUCUCGCAGGUCCAUAGUUCCAUAUUAAGCUUGCUAUUCGUAGUCCUUUCCUACCUACAUUGUACUACUUCGAGAUACGUGGAACAAGUCCUGUGAUUAUUUGAUUUACUUGGUAGAGGG